GGCUUAUGGCCACCUCUUCCGCCUUUCCUUCUCCAAAUUCUGUUGUGUGUGCCUGAGGAACGAACACAGCAAUCAACAAUGUUGCCCACUUCACUUUCAUCUCUGCACGCCACCGCUUCCUCUUCCGUACCCUCUCUUUCUCCUCUUCCCACAUCUUCUCCCUAUCCUUCUUCUUCUACUUCUUCUGCUUCUGCUUUCUCUCUUUCUUUCCAACCAUCUUCUCACCAGCCACCCCGUCUCCUCUCUUUUUCUCCCAAUGCCAAUACCCAUUUCAGGCGAAACUCAAAAACCAAGGUUUUGAAGGUCAAUUGUUCGACAAGUGAACCCUUAAAGGUCAUGAUAUCCGGGGCACCGGCAUCCGGGAAAGGCACACAGUGCGAAUUAAUAGUGAACAAGUUUGGACUGGUGCACAUAUCAACAGGUGAUAUACUGAGGGCUGAAGUAUCUGCUGGGACAGAUAUUGGAAAAAAAGCCAAAGAGUUCAUGAAUGCUGGUCGUCUGGUUCCUGAUGAAAUUGUGACAGAUAUGGUAACAGCACGAUUAUCUCGCGAAGACGUAAAGCAAAAAGGGUGGCUGUUAGAUGGGUAUCCAAGAAGUUUUGCCCAAGCAGAAAGUUUGGAAAAAUUGAAGAUCAGACCAGAUGUUUAUGUUGUGUUGGAUGUUCCUGAUGAAAUUCUGAUCGACAGAUGUAUUGGGAGAAGACUAGACCCAGUGACAGGGAAGAUAUACCACAUAAAAAAUUUCCCUCCAGAGACUGAGGAAAUCAAAGCAAGACUUAUAACCCGUCCAGAUGACACUGAGGAAAAAGUAAAGUCUCGUCUUGAAAUAUACAAGCUAAAUGCAGAAGCAAUUUUUUCCACUUAUUCGAACAUUAUGAAAAAGAUUGAUGGAAGCCGUCAAAAAGAAGUUGUUUUUGGAGAUAUAUAUUCUUUGCUAUCUGAAGUGCAGAAUGAUAAAGUGAAACGGAUUAAAUCUGAAAAGUCAACAGCAAAGAGUGAAACCAGCUCUAAUCAGGCACCAGUUUACCAGAAUAAAUGGAGAGGAAUUCCUACUAGAUUAAACAAUAUUCCUCAUUCCAGAGAAAUCCGGAAUUAUUUUUAUGAUGAUGUUCUGCAAGCCACACAGCGAGCUGUAAAUGAUGGUAGAAUAAGAUUAAAGGUGGAGAUCGCUAUUCCAGAGCUGAACCCAGAAAUGGAUGUUUAUCGGAUAGGUACCUUGAUGGAACUGGUUCGAGUUCUUGCUCUUUCAUUUGCUGAUGAUGGAAAACGAGUCAAGGUUUGUGUUCAAGGGUCUAUGGGGCAAGGUGCACUUGCUGGAAUGCCAUUGCAACUUUCGGGUACUCGAAAGAUCUUGGAGUUCAUGGAUUGGGGGGAUUAUGGAGCUCUAGGGACGUUUGUCAGAAUAGGUUCCAUAGGUGCAAAAGAGGUUGAGGAACAGGAUGACAUCUUCAUAUUAGUGGCACCUCAAAAUGCUGUAGGAAAUUGUAUUAUAGAUGAUCUAAGGGCCAUGACAGAUGCUGCUGGGAAUCGACCGGUUAUUCUUGUCAAUCCAAGGCUGAAGGAUUUGCCCGGUUCAAGUGGCAUAAUGCAAACAAUGGGGCGGGACAAGAGACUGGAGUAUGCUGCUUCUUUUGAAAAUUGCUAUUCCUUCAGGCUUCUCUACUAUGCAGGAACUCAGUAUCCUAUCAUGGGAGCUCUUAGGGAUUUGGUUUCAAUGAAUGGCUUUUGCGGCUAAUGAAGGAGAAGGGACAUUUUUAUCUUUUCUUUGUGAAGAUCCCUCAACCCAAUUGCAGCAUAGGAAUCCAGGCUAUAACUAGAUAUGCUUCCUCAAUCUAGUUCUUAUCUCUAUCCUUGAGUGCACCUUGCCACAGUGGGAUUGUUUGGGCUUUGUCACCAUGCAGAAACAAGCUUCUAGUGUUCAAAAGUUGUGGUUCUUAUACAUAUAAAUUCUGAUCACAGUUUUGAUUUAUCUCCAUGAACGCUUUGACAAUCUUGUUGAAGGGUGGUUGAAGUGGAAAAAUAUGAAGAAACAUUCAUAGGAGUCGCUUAGCAAACCUCUUAGGAUCCACAUCCCAAAUCAUUGAUAUUUCAGGUCCCACAGGCUGAAGAUUGAUAAGUACCAGAAUGGAAGGAAAAAAAUGGAUCGUCUUAAACCCUUAAAUUCCUAGAGCAAACCUGCGCCUUGUUUGAAAGAGAAGGGAAAAGUGGUAGUGUGGGGGUGGGGGAUGGUGUGUUUUAAACUUGUCUUCCAUUUCCCAACUUUUUUAUUGUUACAGAAAAGCUGAAAAAAAACACUCAUUUAUCUUUUCUACCUUACUGUUAAUCACAAUUCUGACACGAGUGUUCAGAAUAUGCACCACUACAAUGCAGUCUCACACAAACGUUUUUGCGUUGAUACUAAACAAAUGGAAAGAUGUUUAUUCAUCUGCCAAUUCUUCUAAACCUGAGCUACUUUUAUGGACAAUAUUGAAAAGUUAACUGUUUCCCA